AACGCGUCCUUUAAACAUACCUGCGUUUCGCGGGAAUCUCUGUAAAUUUUUGGUUCCUGAAACCUCGAGAACCCUAGUAAGCAUAGUGUCCCUCGAAACCUGCUCAGAAAUGGCGUCAACCGCCUCCUGGAUUCCGCAUGUUGAAGUCUUCGUCGACCCCUCGCGCUCUAAGGAUCAACAGGUGAAGGAUGCUAGUCUUAAUGUAAUUGCUACACUUAUGAAGAAAGAUACCUUAACGCUAGAAGCAUUGGUUCAGGAGAUGGAGGUGUAUUUAACCACUACAGAUGCUUCAGUUCGUUCAAGAGGCAUACUUCUUGUAGCCGAACUUCUUAGUUAUCUUGCUUCAAAGCCGAUAGAUGGAGCUAUAAUCCAUAGCUUGACUGAAUUCUUCACAUCUCGACUGGCAGAUUGGCAAGCUUUACGAGGAGCGUUUAUUGGUUGUUUGGCACUUUUGAGAAGAAAGAGUCAUACUGGCACAAUCUCAGACAACGAUCUAAUAAAUCUUACCAAGUCUUUCUUGUUGAAUAUACAAGUGCAGGCUUUAGCACUGCAUGAUCGCCUUUUGUGCCUUGAACUUCUGGAAUGUCUUUUGGAUCAGUUUCCAUCUGUAAUUUCUGUGCUGGAUGAUGAGUUGGUAUAUGGAGUUCUUGCUGCAAUUGAUGAAGAAAAGGAUCCUCGGUGCUUGAUGCUUGUGUUUCAUGUUGUUGAGCUUUUGGUGCAAGUAUUUCCAGAUCCCAGUGUGGCAAAAGAUGCUUUUGAUAUAUUGGGUCGCUAUUUUCCUAUAUAUUUCACUCGUCCUAAUGUUGAUGCUAUUGAUAUCAAAAGAGAGGACCUUUCAAGAAGGAUGAUGAAUGCUUUUUCGUCAUCUCCUUUAUUUGAGCCAUUUUGCAUCCCUUUGCUGCUUGAGAAGCUUUCCUCCUCCCUGGAGAUGGCCAAGCUUGAUGCUCUGAAGUACCUCAGCCAUUGUGCUCCUCGAUAUGGGCCAAGCAGGAUGGCAAGUCAUGCUUAUGCUAUCUGGUCUGCUUUGAAAGAUGUGAUUUUUAAUCUAUCAUCACAUGGACCAUCGAUUUCCAUAAUUUGUGAAUUGCCAGACAAUUUGGGAUCUCAGGAGAAUGAAGUUGUAAAGGAAGCUCUAGUUUGUUUGGAAAAUUGUGUCCUGGUAUUCGACAUUCCAAAGGAUGAAACAUUUUUGAGACUGAUUGUUGAAGAUGAAGACCUUGAGAUGACUUUCAGGUCUAUUACAAGUGAAAAAUGCAACAAAGAUCUUCCCCAUGAGAGAAAGCAGAGAUUUUGUGCACUUCGAAAUAUACUAUUUACUUCAGCAAAAGUUUCAAGUGCUUGUUGUAACAGAGUUUUCGGAAGUUUCUUUCAACGGUUGAUGAAUUUCCUUAGAAUUUCUUCCUUAGACUCCCCUUUUGAUUGGGCUUCAAAUAGAAACAGUUAUGUUUGUGUUGAAUUGGAUUUUGAAGCCCUUCAUAUCUGUCUUGAAUUGAUCGCAGCGAGCAAUCAUUUGGCUAAUGCUUUAUCUUCUCAAGAGGUUUGUCCAACUCCAACCCAAGAUCCCUGGCUCCUAUUGCUCCAAUCCUUUUCUGGAUGCUUAGUUUUCGCUCUCGGAUCUUCUGUUGUAGCAAAUAAAAGCAGUUCCAUUAGAGAGAUGAGCCCAUCCAUUGGAGAGGAAGACCUUCCACUAAAAGUGACAGGCUUGCAAAUUUUGGCAACGUUUCCGGACUCUUACUCGCCUCUAUCAAGAGAUGCAUUUGAAAAUAUCUUGGCAGUGUUUAUGUCUGUCAUUACUGAGAGGUAUGAAGAGACAUCUUUGUGGACAUCAACAUUAAAGGCCUUGGUGCAAGUUGGCAUGUCCAUUGAGAGGUAUCAUGAUUCUCAAAGGGGGGUGUGUUUUAUGACAAUUGUCAUUGAAAAGCUUCUUUCAUAUCUCUUCAAUCGUUCAACCUUUCCUCCACUCUCUCUGAAUUUGAAGGCAAUAUCUGAGAUUGCUAUGAUGGGGCUGUGUUUUAUGAAGCGAGUGACAAAAGGGUUUGGAGAGGCUUUGUCUACCAAUUUCUUGGAGGCUGUUGCUGAAGGAAAUACGAAAUCUGCUGAGAUGGCAAUUGAGAUUCUGAAGUGCUAUUCUUUAUAUUUACUCCCCUGGUUGCAGAACAAGGAAGGAUUUGAGGAAGAUGCAAUGCAUCUUGCUACUGACAUUUGGUCCUAUAUGGAAAGCAUCAGUUUCUGUAUUGGAAGUCAUGGGAAGAGCCUUUUAGAAGCAACCAUGAUGGCAAUGAAGUUAGCUGUUGGGUGUUGUACAAUGAACCAACAAAGUUCAAUUGUAUCGAAGGCUCAUAACAUACUUGCAUCAAGCACGUUGUACCUCGUUAAAGAUUCUAUGUCACUCUCUACCUCUGUCCAGUUGGAGAAGCUAAAAAUUACUCCAGAAUCAGUUUCUAGUGCUUGUAAAGAUGGAUGGUUAAUAUCGCUUUUUGCUUCAGUAGUUAUAGCACUUCAACCACAGACAGUUAUUCCUGAUCUGAGGAUAAUAUUAGAGCUGUUUAUGAUUGUAGUCCUUCUGAAAGGAGAUGAAGCCUCAGCUCAAGCCUUGGGAUCUAUUGUUAACAAAUGGCCUGUAAAAAGCAAUGAGGUGUCUGGUGCUUGUACUCUGGGUGAAGCUAUGGACAUUAUGGUUGAAAGGGGGUUUCGUCCCAUUAUUUUUAAUGUUAAUCAGAAGAAACAUGAAGAUGUGGAUAACAAUAAAGAAAUUGUUAGCCAUUUGCCCAUCAGCAAUGACAGUCGGGUUCACGCUUUAUUUGGUUUGGCAUGGAUAGGGAAAGGAUUGGUUAUGCGAGGGCAUGAGAAAGUUAAGGACAUAACAUUGCUUCUCUUGAGUUGCGUACUCCCAACUGGUGGAAUGAGGUCCAUGCCAUCCCAACAUGAUGUAUUGGGUAAUGAUGGUGGAGAGAGUAUCAACAUUGCUGUUGCAAGAUCUGCAGCAGAUGCGUUUCAUAUUAUUAUGAGUGAUUCAGAAACUUCUGUAAACCAAAAAUUUCAUGCAACCAUACGGCCACUUUAUAAACAACGUUUCUGCUCAACUGUAAUGCCCAUUUUGCUUUCAUCUAUCAAAGAAUCUCACUCAUCCAUCACCAAAUCAAUGCUGUUUCGCACUUUUGGGCAUAUUAUUAUUGGCACUCCACUUGCUGCGAUUCUUAUUGAAGCACCUAAGAUCGUACCUCCCUUGUUGGAUGGUUUGUCCAUGCUUACUCUAGAUGUUCAAAACAAAGACCAGAUUUAUGAUCUUUUGGUGGUGUUAUCUGGUAUAUUGAUGGAUGAGACUGGAAAGGAAGCAGUAGUGGAAAAUGCACAUACUAUCAUUGGCUGUCUUUCCAAACUUGUUACCUAUCCCCAUUUGAUGAUUGUUAGGGAGACAGCAAUUCAAUGUCUUGUGGCAAUGGCUGCAUUGCCCCAUGCAAGGAUUUAUCCCAUGAGGUUACAGGUCCUAGAAACUGUUUCAAAGGCUCUGGAUGACCAAAAGAGGUCUGUGCGUCAAGAAGCUGUAAGAUGUCAUCACGUAUGGGCUUCCAUGGCAUCAAGAUCUUUGCGCUUUUGAGAAAUGUGUUUUUAAACUAGAGUAUACUACAAGACUGGUUCAUCUGAAGGUUUCUAACCAGCGGGUUGACCAUUCCAGAUUGAAUUGGCCUGUUUUAUUUCUCUGUAUUCUUUAUAGAGAGAGGGAGCGAUGGCGAUUCUUUUUUUGAUCAUUGCAGAUGGAUGCGGAGAAAGAGAUUUAACUCAUUGCAGAUGGAUUCAGAGAGAGAGAGAGAGAGAGAGAGAGAGAGAGAGAUCAUCCAUUCAUUGUCGACAUCAUCUAGUUCAUAAUUUUGCCAAUACCUGUAUACAUGUAGCUAUUAGUUGUGUUAUGAAGAUUCAACAUUAGUCUACCA